GUUUACCCUGUUCACAAAAGAAGAGAAGCCUGGUACGUUAUGAUGGAUAUAAAAGUCUGGGUCAGAAGUUUUCAUACCCAUCCAGUAUCUUGAAGACAGGAGUGGGCAUCAGACAUGGAGCAUUCACUGCUGAUCAUCCUAUACAUCUGUGGUUUCUUCGGUUUCCCCUGCACAGCUUAUGAGGGUGUGAUUAACAGACCAAAUGACAGGAGGAAUUUAUUUGCGGAUCGAGGAUGCUGUAAAAGACAAAGCAACUUUGUCUAUGUUGGACAAGAUAUAUCAAGCAGUCCCGUCAGUGUGGAUGUUGGCAUAUGCAGACCUCACUGUGGUGCGCCCCAAAGAAUAAACUACAAUAGCGGCUUUCCUGGACUUCCAAAGCACUCAACGAUGCUGGAAUUUUUGAAAAAUAAAAAAUUACGAGAAAGGGUGCCAGAUACACCUCUUCCAUCUGGGUCUGAGCCUUCAUGUCCGCAUGAGUCCAGCUGUCAACCCACAAAAGUCGGGAUAGAGAGGGUGUUACUAAUUCAGGGAAUUCAAGAAGUGGAGGUGAUCGAGGACUGUCAGUGCAAUCCCAUCCCACAGGAGUGCAUCCGGAUGCCAUUCCUAAAAUCCUACUUCCCAGAUACACCCUUUGAGUCAACAGUGGAUGUUGGGAAAUGUUCAAGUCCUGAAUCUAGCACAGAUCUUCAGUGUGCUCCAACAAAAUUUGACACUGUGAUCGUUGAAAGUCCAAAUGGAGCAGAAGUUGUGCAGACUGUGGAAACGUGUGAAAUGAAAGAAAACUGUUACAGGGUCACCUAUCUGGAGUAUUACUAUGAAGUCAUAUAUAACAGCAAGGGUGUCAAAGAGGAGAGACUUAAGGAAAUUGAUGUGGGACGGUGCUUAGGAGGAUGCUCAUCAGGAAAUCAUUGUCUGCUCAGGGACUCUCGUAACAGGGAUCACUGCUUGGUAUGGGCUGAAGGAGUAGGCAAGGGAUGUGUACCCCAGGAAUAUGAUACACACUCUUUUAGAAGCAGAAAUGGGCACAUACGCUCUGUGUUAGCAAUUAAGACCUGCAAAUGUCAGGCGUAAAACUGCUAACGCAAUUUCUUGGGAUGGUUUUUAUGUACAUAAAAUUUAAGUACACUAAAUUAUUGGUAGUUGGUAUGUACUUGUGGCUCGCUAAACAGAGUUACAACUUUCAACAUUGGUCUUAUCAGCAGUGUUAAAGCGCAAAAAACAUCGUUAUGAUUCCACUGCUGCUAUGAGUUUAAAAUGUGAAGCCCUGGCACUACAAUUGAAACUUAAAUGGAGAUUUAUCAUAGCUUUUACAGAGAUAAAGUGGAGAGAUAAUGUGCCAACAAAUCAUCUCCUAUCAUUUUUUAAACACAGCCUGUAACAUGACAUGAUUAGUUGGUACUUUAUCUCUCUCCACUUUAUUUCUCCCCAAGAUUUGAUAAAGCUCCUCCUUAGGUUUAUAUAGCACUGUACUAGUGGUCUGAGAUAGGUAUAGAAUCUCAGUCACUUUGCUCUAAAACAAAGGCACUUUACGUUGUGCCUAUACAGCAAUGCAAACUAUCUGGCACUAGGUUGAAAAAAUAAAAAGGUAUAGAAAUGUCUGAUUAUAUUUUUGGCAUAUUGUAAAAGAUCUUUAUUUGACAGUGUUAACUUUUGUAAGUAAUUCUACAGUAUAUUGACUUUACCAUCUAGAUCAUUUCUAAGACAUUGUCUACACUUUUAUUCAUUCUUCACAGAACAUUUAUAGAUGCCAAAUUGCUCAUAGGUUAUAUAUUCUCUGUUGUUGGUAAAGGUAAAGGUGACCUUUUUAAAUGUUGUACAAAAUGAAAUGUAAUUGAAUUGUGCAAUUAAUUUAGCUAAAAAGACUGAACCCUUUCACAUAAGCAUGAGAAAUAUAAAUUUAGUCUAAAUCUGUGUUUUAGAAAUAUGUGUGAAGUAAGUAUGAAUAGGCUAAUGAUAAUUGUAUAGCUAGUAUAUGGAUUCUUUUUAAUCUACAGUGGUAAAUGCGAUAUUCCACUUUUAGCACGUCUUUAGGAACCUAUGGUUUGCAUUUCAUAUCACAGACAAGUGUGCUUAAGACCUAACAUGGGAAUGUUCACCCCUUGUAACACGUUUUACUAUUCAAAUGUUUACUAUAUACAGUAUAUGUUUUUAUGUGUGAAGCAGGAUGUCUUUAUUAUGUGUAUUGGUCUAUUGCAAACUGUUGUCUAUUUGCUAUGUAUGAUUAUCAUGAUCUAAACUUGAUGAAAUGAAUUGCCGGUUAUAAAGAACAAGCAAAGUGAAAUACUGAUGAGGAGCCUAACAAUAAACCGAAGUAUAAUAAACACUAGCCAUUUUUUUCUUAAUAAAUACAGUUAAACAUUUUUUUUAUAUUUCAUUUUAUACAACAUCUAAAAAAUGUAUUGCAUUUGCAAAUGAACACUAUGCUUUAACAUAAGGAGUUAAUUCUGUAAAUGUGCUUGCUCUUAGAGAUAAAUUGUAUAAUGUCUAAAAAAGUUUUAUUUUUGUAAACAGUUUAUAACCUGGAAAUGUAAAG